UGGCUUUUGGUUACGGAAAAUUGCUUUGUUGAAAUCAGAGGUUGGCCAUAGUCAAGCGUUCGUUGCUGUAAUUGCUUUGUGUUCGUUGCUGUUUGAAGAAUUAGUGCUACACAACACUAAUUAUUUGAAGAAAUUGCUUCUGUCUUGUGCUUGCUCUACUUCUUGUCUCUUGCAUCAUAUUUGCAUCAAUUUGGUAACACUCACACUUCUCUCUUACUUAUAUUUGUGCAUCUCUAUCUGCAAUGGCUGGUGAAAAAGAUGAUUCCCUUCAAGCUAUUAGUGUGCAAUUGAAUGGUAAAAACUAUCCAUAUUGGAGCUAUGUACUAAAAAAAAAUUGAAAGGCAAAAGAAUGUGGGGUUAUGUUUCUGGAACUUCUCAAACACCAAAAGACAAAAAAGAUGGAAAAUAUGAAACAGAGCUCGAAUCUUGGGAAGCAAAUAAUUCAAAGAUUAUUACUUGGAUUAAUAAUUAUGUUAUGCAGUCUAUUGGAUUUCAGUUAGCAAAAUUUGAAACAGCAAAGGAGGUUUGGGAUCAUUUGAAAAAGUUGUAUGCGCAGUCCAAUUUUGCAAAGCAAUAUCAGCUAGAAAUUGACAUUCGGGCUCUUCAACAAGAUAACAUGAGCAUUCAAGAGUUCUAUUCUGCUAUGUCUAACCUCUGGGACCAGUUGGCUCUCACUGAAUCUGCAAAACUGAGUGCUUUUGCACCGUACACUAAACGUAGAGAGGAACAACGUCUAGUUCAAUUUCUAAUGGCUCUUCGGAAUGAUUUUGAGGGGAUACGUGGAUCGAUUCUGCAUCGUAAUGCUCUUCCAUCUGUUGAUUCAGUGGUUAGUGAAUUGUUAGCUGAGGAAGUUCGCUUUAUGUCUCAAUCUGAUAAAGGAAAGGUUGACAAAGGAAUUCUCCCAAGUCCAAAUUCUUAUGUUCUUGAUGUUCCUCCUUUUAAAGGAAAAUCGCAUGGAAAAGUUGGUCUUGAUGAGGGUAGCUUCUGUAAGCAAAAAGGGCAUUGGAAAGCCCAAUGCCCAAAACUGAUGAACAAGUCACAACAAACACAACAAUCCUCUCAAUGGAAACCUCAGAGUCAAGUCAACCAAAGCAAGUUUAAGAACUUCAGGCCUCAAGCACCUAAUACCAAUGCAGUUACUCCUAUGUUUGAUGAGAGAAAAUUUGUUUCUGGUCCUUCCUUAGAUGAACUUGCUGAAUAAUUCAACAAAUUUCCUGCUGCACAAUCGUCUGCCAUGCAUGUACCGUCUUCCACGCACUCAUAUUCCUUGUCUGUUAUGUCUGCCGCACAAUCUUCUGCUGAAUCCAACAUAGGUUUGUCCUCCACUAGUCCCUCAGGAUUUGCGGUCUCAGAGACUGAUUGGGACAGGCUAUAGAUAUGGGGGACUUUAUGUUUUGGAAGAGCUACGAAGUCCUGAUGUUGCAGCUACUAGUGCUGACCUGUCGUCUUUUCAUUUGACUCCAUCUUCUUCUAAGUUUUAUUUAUGGCACUCUCGUCUUGGUCAUGUUUCCUCGUCUCAUUUGAAAUACUUAGUUUCUACACGAGCUUUAGGAAAGUUGCAAGCUAAUGAUAUUUCUGAUUGUUGUGGUUGCAAACUUGCUAAGUUUUCUGCUUUUCCCUUUAGUAAAAGUGUCUCAAUUUCUAUUGCACCUUUUGACUUAAUUCAUUCUGAUGUAUGGGG